CAUGCCUGAAUCUUCAAUGGUGUAAAAUUUGGAGAGACAAGUCACGUUCUUCUGGAAAUAUUGGUUAAAUUCAUCGUUAGAAAUUGAUGCCUGUCGAUAUGUCUGCCGAUGGAACUAGUCCAGCCAAUCACAGAAUCAAGUCCUACAAAAAUAAAGCUUUAGAUUCUCAGGAACUGCGAAGAAGAAGAGAAGAAGAGGGAAUCCAGCUCAGAAAACAGAAAAGAGAUGAACAGGUAUUUAAAAGAAGAAAUGUAUCCAUGCCAGCUGGAGCUGAGGAUUUUGGUGGUGAACUACAAGAUAAUGUUACAUCAUCCACAACUCCUGUGGUUGGAAUCAGUGAAGAAAUGAUCCAAGCAUUGUACAGUGAUAAUAUUACAGAACAAGAGGCUGCCACACAAAGAUUCAGAAAACUUUUGUCAAGAGAACCCAAUCCCCCAAUAGAUGAAGUUAUUACUACAGGAAUAAUACCAAGAUUUGUAGAAUUCUUACAGAAAGAUCAGAAUUGUACAUUACAGUUUGAGGCUGCCUGGGCCCUUACCAACAUAGCUUCAGGAACUUCCAUGCAGACACGAGUAGUGAUAGAAGCAGGUGCUGUUCCUAUAUUUAUCAGACUACUUAAUAGUGAGAUAGAAGAUGUACAAGAACAGGCUGUUUGGGCACUAGGAAACAUUGCUGGUGACAAUGCUGAAUGUAGAGAUUAUGUUCUUGGUGAAGGCAUACUAGUUCCCUUAUUACAAGUUUUAAGCAAAAAUACAAGUUUAUCCAUGACUAGAAAUGCAGUGUGGUGUUUAUCCAAUUUAUGCAGAGGAAAAAAUCCACCUCCAGACUUCCUUAAAGUAUCCCCAGCAUUACCUGUAUUAGCCAGACUAUUAUUUCAUACAGAUAAAGAUGUCCUGGCUGACACAUGCUGGGCUCUGUCAUAUUUGUCAGAUGGUCCUAAUGAGAAAAUACAAGCUGUUAUUGAUGCUGGCGUUUGUAGAAGACUUGUGGAACUUCUCAUGUAUUACCAACAGACAGUGGUCUCUGCUGCUUUAAGAGUUGUAGGAAAUAUUGUCACAGGAGAUGAUUACCAAACACAGAUUGUACUAAAUUGUUCUGCUCUGCCAUGUUUAUUACACUUAUUAAGCAGUACAAAAGAAUCAAUCAGAAAGGAAGCAUGUUGGACGAUAUCAAAUAUCACAGCUGGUAACAGAUCACAGAUCCAGGCUGUGAUAGAUGCAAACAUAUUUCCAGUAUUGAUAGAUAUUCUUGGUAAAGCUGACUUCAAAACAAGAAAGGAAGCUGCUUGGGCAAUUACUAAUGCAACAUCUGGAGGUUCUCCAGAACAAAUAAGGUUUUUGGUUGAACAAGCUUGUAUUGCUCCACUGUGUGACUUGCUUACAGUUAUGGAUGCUAAAAUUGUACAUGUAGCAUUAAAUGGCUUGGAAAAUAUUUUACGACUUGGAGAACAAGAUGCUAAACAGAAUAAUGGCACUAAUCCUUAUGCUGUGAUGAUUGAAGAAUGUUUUGGUUUGGACAGAAUUGAAUUUCUUCAAAGUCAUAAAAACAGAGAAAUAUAUCAAAAAGCUUUUGACAUGAUUGAAAAAUACUUUGGUACUGAAGAAGAGGACAAAGCUGUGGCACCCCAAGUUGAUGAAAAUAUGCAACAAUAUCAAUUUAAUACAAACAAUGCUCAGAUGGGAGGCUUUGAAUUCUAAUUGUGACACUGGAGAAAAGUGGACAGAAAACUGACACGGAUCUCUAAGUGGUUUCACUCCCCCAUGACAUGGUGUUUAUCUCCGACACCGACGAAAAAGGAAGACUCCAAGACCACUCGACGACAGGAGAAGACAAGGACAUAUUCCCCCAAGACAAUUGACGAAGAGACAUGGAAGGGACCCAUCCCAGGGAUUAAACUGUAACAAGAUAUUAAUUCUUGUGUUAUUUGACUGUAUCCAGUAUCUGUGAUCUCAAUUUGGUGUGUUCAGUGCUACAGAAACCAGAUUCUCUUUAAUUACAUUUAAUUUUUAUUUUACAAAUCAGUGUGAUAUUUAUAGAAACUUAUAUUACAAUAUCUGUUAUUUUAAGAGAAAAUAAACCAAAAUUUUUAUUAUAUAAUUGUAACUUUAAGAAAGAAAAACAUUAAUUGUGUAAAGAAAUAAUUCAUUUAUUUGAAAUUAUGGUAAACAUUGCAUACAUGUUAUAAUGCUUGCAAUCUAGACAACAAAUUUAAAGGUAAAAACAAUAUUUCAAUAAUAAAAGCUAUAUUUUUGACAUCAAGAUUUUUAUUUUUUCAAUUAUUUCUGAAUUUUAUAAGAAAAUAAAUGUGAGGUAAUACCUCACGAGUAUUACCUCACGAGUUUUAAUGUAUAUGGUUAAUUGAACAUUUUUAAUUUGAUGCAAAGAAAAAUAGUUUGUCAGAAACACAUCCAAACAAAAUAAGAGAAUAUCAGUGUUAUAUUUACCAGAAUAAAAAAAAGAUUUGUUAAAAACUUAACUUCAAUUUGUUAAACCAACAGUAAUGUGUCGCAAUAUAUUAUAAACAUGUAAUGGCAUAAGCCAGUAAGAUAAUUGUAACUUUUUGAGACCAUGUACUGUGAUACUUUUUACUUUUCUUACUUUCUCUCCCCCCUUUUUUGCAUAUAGAUUGACUGAUCUGUGCAUUUUAUUUUAUGUCAUUGGUCAAAGAUGUUAUCAUGCUGAAUUGUUAAUACAUUUAUUUUUUGUUACAGUAGAACUUUAUUGGUGGUAUUCUGUUUUAAAGAAUUAACUGAUGUUGGACUAAUUUCAAACUGUUGAGUUUAUAUUUAAAUGUUUAAAUUUAAACACAAGUAAGAAAAAUCUUACUAAAUGUUUUAUGUAACAUUUGAAAGUUCCAAAUUUUACAUUUUUUAUUGGUCAUGAAACCAAUUUCGUUCUGAAUUUUGCAAAUUGUUUUGCCAACUUUAGGUUAUAUAAAGUCUAGAAGAUAAAUUUACAUAAUAGUCCAGGAAUGUUUGAAUUGGCUCAUUAUUAUUAUUUUUAGUGCAUAAAGUGUGCCAGAUUCAAAUAACUUCUGCUUAAUAUUGCUUGAUUUUGUAUUUUCCUGCAACACAGAUUGGGUUUCAUUUGUUUAAGAAAUUCAUAAUUGGCAUAUGAAGAUGCUAAGCUUUAUUUUUCACAAUUAUAAAAAUCUAUGUGUAUAGCAGAAGAACUGCAAUAUAUUUCAGUUUUGUGACAUGAGUUAAGAUAGAUAUAUGUUACAGCUUAACAUUAUAUUCAUUGUUGUAAAUAUUAUAAUUUGUACAUUACAAUUUUAGCCUACCUGGCACAGUUUAAAAUAUUUGCAUCACUUGGUGUCUGUUGCUCUUCCAUUAACUUUUUGAAAAAUCUUUCUUUCUUUAAACCAUGUGACCAAAAUUAACCAGACUAAACCAAACUAAAAGAGUAUCUUAAUUCCAUUGUUUACACAAUUCAAACUCCACAUGUCAAGUCUUUUGACAAUCAAGUUAGAUACAUAUCUUUAAGAAUUUUUCUAGCAGAAAACUUUGGUUGAUGGGUUAAAUUCUUAUUGGCUGGGAAAAUAGUUAUAUACCAAAAUAAUAAAUGGAUAGAUCAUCAAAAUCAGAUUUUUCUAAAAUUUAUGAUGUUUUUUUCAAAGAAUGAAUAAAACCAUACUUUAAUUAAUGUAAAUAAGUAAGAGUUAGGUUAGCAGUGUAAGGUAGACUAAAUUGAAACAUUAUUUGACCAUUUAAAAACUGAGAUAUAUUGCACAUGGCUUUUUUUUUUAAACAUGCUUAAUUAGAGCAACAUUUAUUUUGUUGAUACUACACACAUUCAUACACACUAAAAAUGAACAAUACACUACCUCAAUAAAACAACAUUUAAUGAGCAUUUGUACUAAGAUUGAUCUGACAAGUAUUGUUUUCGUUCCUUUAUAAUUGAAGUGUUUAAGAAACAUCAGAAGUAAAAUAUAGUGCUACAAUUGUUUUACCAAUUUAAGCACAAAGGCAUCUAUCCUAUGCUUUAAAAUUGUUAAUUGAUUUGAUAGUUAAAAGAUAGUCCUUGUAAUAGAUUAUUUCCAUUUUACAAAACCAUAGAAAAAGCUUUAGACUUUAGGGGUUAUUUCCCAGUAUUUUUUACACUUCAGGAAAACUAUAAUACUGUUUGAAUGAUAAGUUUGAAAAGGUUUCUUGAUUUUAAUGUUGUUUUCAUUGAUCAAAACCAAUAAUUAAAACAUUUUCAAAAAAGCCAACUAAAAAAAUACAUCGCAAACACACAAAAA